AUGACCAUUUGGGCCAUGUGUUACGGAGUAACAAUGAAUCGAGAGAACUCCAUCGAGUUCGACGGAUUAGGAAAGAGAACGGCGAGAGUUGGAAGCAGUGCUGCACACCAGAGACACAUAGAUUUCUACGAGAGUUCCAUCGACUUCGACCCAACCUGCGACCUAGUCAUCGUGUUUCCAGUACCGUUACAAGUUGAAGAAUCAGCCUUACGCGCCUUGGGUCGAAGUGGAAAGGAUUGCAUGCUUACCAGAGGAAAGGCGAGGAAAAUGAUACCUGGAGAGGAGGGUCUGGAACAAGGGCUGGGCCCAGAGGUAGAAACACCAACAAGUUCUUCGAGAACUACCAUUUCACAUGAUCUUCCUCAUAGCACCCCUACCACAGAUCCGUUGAAUGAAUUAGCCAAUCAGUUGUCACAAUUGCUAGCCAUCAUGACUAUGCAACUGAAGGAACAGAACGCAUUAAAAGAAGAAUUAGCUACAAUAAAGGCUGACCAACAGAACCAGGUACUCGCUCCAAGGAAAGCAACUUCGAUCGAACUCGAAGAAACCAAACCGUCUCUGGAUCAAAGAGUACUCCACAACGAACGACUUGGAAGAACCAGGUGUGCAGAUCCACCCACCUUUAGUGGGGAACGUGGCGAACUUGACAACUUCCUGGCAGCCUGCCAUAUGAACUUCGAAUUCAAAGGGGCCGAGUACACUACGGACCGCAGGAAAAUCCUGUUCAUGUACGGGUACCUUCGAGGUACUCCUCAAAUGCUCUUGACCCCGGCCAUAACCAAUCCAACCAUACAGGGUCUGAAAGAAGAACUACUGAAGGUGGUAGUAGUAAAUAACACCGAUCCUCGAACCAAAUCGGAUUGGAUCUACUUCAAACAACAUGUCAUUGGGACCGAAGAAAAUCAACGGAUGGCUGAGACUAUGAUUGCAGCGAAUCGAUGGGCUGCUAGGCGUAAAAAUGAAACGACCUGGGUCCCUUCACGAUCGAGUUCGACACGACUGGAUAGUAGUCCUUCGAACUCCUUGGAACGAACACCACAUUCAACCGGUAGAGGACCCUUGCCAGGUGGAAAACCAGGGAUGAUGAACUUUGGCCUACCCAGCGACCCCCCGGUCACAUGGACUGAGGAUGGGGGACGCCUCAGCGAGAAUGAAAUGAACUGGAGAAGAGAGAACCGACACUGCCUCAAAUGUAGAAGUCCAGAACAUUAUGCCAACAACUGUCCAAAUGGAGGAAACACGAGAAAUAGUAUUAGGGGAUCCCCAAAUCCGCAUAGCUCACCAAUUCCUAGUGGAUCGAACUCGAUCCCAACUGGAUCCAAAGGGCCAUUAGUUCGAGGAAUGGCAGUGACCUUUGAAGAAGAGGGAAACGACUACCUGGCCUAA